AUGGGAGACGUUGCGGAUGAGAUGAAGCAAAAGCAAGAGGAGCAGCCAAUUCCUUUGUUAACUCCAUAUCAAAUGGGAAGGUUCCUAUUAUCUCACAGAAUUGUUUUGGCUCCUCUUACAAUGACGAGUUCUCCUAGAAAUAUACCAGGACCAGAAGCUAUAUUGCAAUACUCUGAGAAAACUACAAAGGGUGCAUUGCUCAUUUCAGAAGCUACAGGAGUUUCAGAGACUGCACAAGGAUUUCCGAGCAUGCCUGGUAUAUGGACAAAGGAACAAAUAGAGGCUUGGAAACCCAUUGUAAAAGCAGUUCAUAACAAAGGUGGUGUCUUCUUUUGCCAGAUUUGGCACUGCGGAAGAGUUUCCAAUUACAAUUUGCAGCCCAAUGGCCAAAGUCCGGUCUCAUCUACAGAAAAAACAAUAUCAUCCACUGAUUCUCCGGAAUAUUCACCACCGCGCUCAUUAAAGACAGAAGAAAUUCCUCACAUUGUCAAUGACUUCAAGCUUGCUGCCAUCAAUGCAAUCAAAGCUGGCUUUGAUGGCGUCGAGAUUCAUGGUGCUCAUGGUUUCCUCAUCGAUCAAUUCCUAAAAGACCAUGUGAAUGAUCGUACGGACAAGUAUGGAGGCUCCUUGGAGAACCGUUGCAGAUUUGCACUUGAAAUAGUUGAUGCAAUUUCUAAUGCAAUUGGACCUGAUAGAGUUGGAAUAAGGCUCUCCCCCUUUGCCAACUACUUUGAAUCAGGAGAUUCGCAUCCAUUGGAGUUAGGUCUUUAUAUGGCUGAAGCCUUGAACAAGUAUGGACUUGCUUAUUGUCACAUGGUUGAGCCAAGGAUGAAAACUUUUAGUGAAAAAGUUGAAUGUGAUUACAGCCUUUUGCCAAUUAGGAAAGCAUUCGAAGGUACUUUUAUUGCUGCUGGAGGGUAUGAUAGGGAAGAAGGCAAUCGAGUUGUGUCUGAAAAUCGCGUCAAUCUUGUUGCAUACGGGCGAUUGUUCUUGGCGAAUCCUGAUUUGCCUAAAAGAUUUGAGUUAAAUGAUCCUUCAUACCUCAUCUUUGAUUUCAAGAAGCUGGCUGGAAGAAAUUUCCACCACCGCCUCCACAGCAUCAGCCUCCACGCCUCCAAGCCUCCAUGUGGACCACACCAAACUCCGCCACCCUUAGUUCCUUUGUUAGAGCCUAGAUCUAUUGACCCAACCACCAAGAUGGCUAAAGAGCCUAAAGUUCCGGAAAAAAUAUGCAACAUGGAAGAACCUAUUGCAGUCCCAACAAAACCUAUUGCACCUGCACUUGUGUUACCAUCUGUUGCAGUUCCACCCAUUGCACCUGCACUCCCACCCAUUGUACCGACUAAUGAUGCCAUGAUGAUUAAUGCGGAGAUUGAAAGUAGAGAAGCCAAAAAAUGGUGUGGAUGA